AUGAAAAUAUCCACAGAAAAAGAAGACUCUUCCCUUUCUCAGAUGAGUGGCAUGGAAAGGAAGAUUAAGUCACUUUGGGUGCAAAUUGUUCUCAUGGGAGUAGCACUUAUUGCAUAUAUUAAGAUAGGUGGUAUUUGCUUGUUUUGCAUACUAGGAUAUUUCUGUGCAAAUUCAUGCUGUAUUCUUCUAAUGAUUUUGUUAAUGGCAUCUACUUCUAAGAAAAAGAAAAAGCCAGAAUCGCUCCGUACACCGCCGCAGCAAACAGUUAAAUCAGAAGCAAAGCCUGUGGAGAAAGAGUCCUAUAAAAAGCUAGACAUCAACUUUCAACUGUCAUUUAGGAAAAAAAACAAGCCCAUAAUACCUCCUAAGCAAAUUGUUAUCAAGAAGUAUGAAGAGUAUGUAGAAGAAUUUAAGCUUACAAAGCAGCUAGAAAAAGAGUUCAAAACAUGGGUGCACAGAAAUGUACUUCUUCCUACUUUGAAUGAGCCUGUGCUUCCUAUGAGCAGAACAAAAACGCCUAAAUCUUUGACUAGAAUGGAGAUAAAUGACUUGAAAAUGAUGUGUGGAAAUGGAUUUAUGUGCUAUGAUAAAAACAAUGAGCUGCACAGCAAGGCGCUGUUCAAAGUUUUUUACAAUUACUUUAACGAGAAAAUGCCUGAAGACAGCUCAUACUACACAAACCCAAUGGAUGAGUUCAUUUUUGAUGAUAUAAGCAAAAUAAAAAUAAGCCGAUAUGGGCUUUUGGUUGAAGAUGUGGAGUCUCUAAUAGAAGGGAAAAAAACCUUUAAUGUGUACUUUAUAAAUAAGAACACACUAUAUGACACACAGGGAGACGUAAUACUUUCUUUCUUAAUCCUUUUAAUAUUUGCAAAUAGAAAUGAAGGAAGAUAUCUUGGUGCUUUUUCUUUGAGAGGUCUUCCUUUUCUUUCAAAAUAACCAUAAGUAGUAAUUAAUAAUAAAAACUAGAAUAUACUCCCACC